CCGAGUCUGUCUCCGGUUGAAGCCGCCUGGGCUGUGUUUUGACCAAAUGUCUCUUUCGUAGCCAAGGAUGCCAGUCGAAAGCCAGGAGGAGAGGUCAGUGGAAGUGCUGGCAUUGCCUGACGAAGUGGACGAGGAGCUGCUGUAUCUGUACUUUGAGAACAAGCGACGUUCUGGGGGGGGUCCGCUCGUCUCUGUGGAGAAGGAUGGUGAUCGUGCCUUGCUGGUGUUUGAGGAGGCUGAAGCUGCAGCCCAAGUGCUGUCUAAAGGGCACCAUGUUCUGCAUAAUGUUGAGCUGACCGUGAGAAGGCCUGCCUCAAAGGACCGAUGCAGGCUACUGCUGCGAGGGAUCAAGCCCAGCACCAGCAUUGAGAUGAUAGAGCUCUAUGUGGAGAACAUGCUUGGGCUGAACAUGUCAGAAUACACACUAUAUCCCUCAAAAGGGAGAGAUCUCAUCCUUAUUCACCUCACCCAACCCUUUACCAAAGAUAUACAAAACCUAAAUGCAAGAAUCUCCAGGCGGUCACUUGAUGGAGCCAAGGCAACCCUUGAACAAAUUGAGCAAACUGACUCAAUUUUAGUGGAGAACCUGCACCCAGGCACAACUUCAGAUAUGCUCACUUUGUACUUUGAGAGCAAGCGAGGUGGGAAUCAGAAGGUGAAUGACGUCAUCAUGCUAUCUGAGGGUACAGCCAAGGUGUCAUUUGUCAAAUGUGAAUCUGUGGACCUAGUUCUGGAUCAACCGCACAAACUGGACGAUGCUGAACUUGUAGUGAAGCCGUACUUCGACUUUCUUCAACCUGCAGAAACGGAACCAUUGUCAAACUCUGAAACCAGGAGCAAAGACAUGACUGAGAGAAACUCUGACGACAUGAGUGAUAUUCAAAUGCAGACCAGUUCUCCCAGUGUGGCCAGUGCUAACAACCACUCUGACUUCUCUCAGACGACCUCAGAACCUAUUGCUGCUGCUGCUGAGGCGGUUGAGGAGGUUACAGAGGAAGCCAUGGAGGAUCAAACGGAGGACACAGAUAUACAGAUACUAUCAAGCCAUAUUGCGAUAACUGACCCAGCAAAACUUUAUAUGUUUCAACAUGGCACUCCUCUACAAGACAUUAAAAAGACUCACCCUAAUUUCGCUAUCCAAAUCAGAGAUGAUGGUGUCCACAUUGCUGGACAUGACAGACAAAUAUCAGAGCAGAUAAAACACACCAUCUUGGAUUUUUUUACCACUCUAGCAGAGGUUCAGUUUACCCUUGAGCCAGAAAAAGCUCAGCUCCUUUCGAGAAAAGAUGUAAAAGACCGACUACUUCAAACUAUCAAUCAAGAUGGGCUCUCUGUGUACACUGUAUCAGACUGUAAUGUGGUGGUAACAUCAAUAUCCCAGGACUUGGCUAACCAAGCAUGUAGCUUUUUGAAAUCCCAACCCAGUCGCUUCAGCAUACCGGUGGACAUGGAGAAUGAGUGCACGUUAUAUUGCAGAGAAUGGACUGAGUUUCAUCAGGCUCUGGGUUUCUCCUCUGUGUCAGAGAAAGAAGGAAGUAUAGAUGUGUUGACUCUGAAAGGGAUGGAGAGUGAGAAGCAGACUGCUAUCGUGGCAUUUCUCUCUACACCCAUCGAAAGGGAGACUGUCAUCUCCAUGAUGCCACCCAUCCUGAAAUACAUCCAGAUCCAUUGUCAUCAGCUGUUGGCUGACAUGAGCCAAGUAUCUAUUUUUCCAUUAGAAGCAGGGGACAUCUGUGGGUUAAAGAUCCAUGGCCAUGCUGCAGCUUGCCAAAUGGCUGAAGAAGUGCUGCAAGGUGUGGUAUCCUCUCUGUGCACCAGAACCAUCACAGUUAACGCUCCAGGAGUGAUCCGCUUCCUUGAAGAUCAAGAGUGCAAGAGCAUCUUCAAAGAGAUGGAAACAAAGUUUCAGGUCUACAUUACCCCAAAGCAAAAGCCCUGGGAACCUCUGCCACACCAGGACAUUUUUGAUACUGCAUGGAAGAUGAUGUCCUAUAAAAAAUUCCAGAACGUGUCAAUGGAUGAUUCCCCACAGGAGUUAAAAUCAGAGUCAAUGCAAACAGAUGGAGCUGCAGACAGAGACCCACAGGAUGACGUGGAGGAUGUGGACCUGUACACAGCAGAGGAACCAACAAGCCUGUCAGACCAGAACUCUGAUGUGGCAGCUGUUGGUGCUCCCCAGCCUUUAGCUGCAGGGACUACUACGAAUGGGUUACUCCCACUGAGUGAUCAGGGUCUGGGAAACAUGGAAGAAGAAGCCCAACUGUCUUUAGCCAUCCAGUACUCUAUGGAGUCAAGCCAAUGGUCCAUGGAGAAUGAGGAGGAACAGCUGCAAAAAGCCUUGGCGUUGUCUAAGAAAAUGAUCCAAGAUGAACGCUCCUCUGGUAGUGCUGACAAGACCCCCCAGGUUGAUCAACUGGAGAGGAGAAGCAGUAUUUCCUUAGAGGACACUAUCAAGGCAGCCAACACAAUCCAGAUAUUUGUGGUUGCAGGUUACAACUGUGACCUGAUUCGGGUGGACAUAGCUUUUGGGAAGAAGGUCUCUCAGAGGCAGGUCGAGGAGAAACUGGAGCACAGAUGCUUGAAGAACAUGUCCGGGUACCACAAGAAGUGUCUAGACUUGAUAAAAAGGAAGCACGCAGUCGAGAUUCAAGUUCUAGGCAACAUAAUAAGUGUUUCUGGCUUCAAGGACUAUGUUAAUGGAGCGAUCUGUGAUGUCAAGCUGCUGCUGGAGAAAAUCCCCAAUUGGGUAAUGGACCGGGAAAUCCUGAGGACUAUCGAGUGGGUGCAGCAUGACCCAGAUUCCUCAGACAAAACUCCUUAUUCACCUGAUGCUAUAGUGUUUAUCGAGAAUGCUUGGAGGAUGAAACUAAAGGACAUUGAUAUUUUGCUUGACAAUCAGCCCCACAUGAUCAGCUUUGAAAAGAUGCAGGAACACAACAUAGCAUCAGGGAAAUCUGCGAAAAUCUCCAGGAAGUUGCUUAAUUUGGGAGAACUGGAUGAGGAUGUAGCAGAAGAGGAAUACUCUCUGCUAUCAAACAUGCCUGAAGCAACCAGAGUCGAUGAGGAAUCUGAUGAAUUUCAGAACGUGGUGAAGAAUUUCUAUGAGACCAUACAAGAAUACCACAGCAAGAUUAGAAUCAUACAGGUGGAGAAGUUAAUGAAUCGAUUGCUGUACAAUCAAUACAAGCUAAAGAAGGCAAGCGUUCUGCAGCGAGCCGAGUAUCCAGAAAUUGAACGGACACUCUACCAUGGCACUAGUGAGACGAGUGUGAAAGAAAUUUGCAUCCAUGGAUUCAACAGAAGCUUCUGUGGAAAGAACGCCACCGUCUAUGGCCAGGGUGUGUAUUUUGCUGUCAACUCUGCACUGUCCGUCCAGGAUCAGUACUCACCCCCAAAUGCAGAUGGAUACAAGUUUAUUUUCGUGUCGAAAGUCCUAACAGGAGACUACACCAAAGGCUGCCAUUCAAUGAAGACGGCCCCACUGAAGGAGACUGGUGAUAUUCCCCUCAGAUACGACAGUGUGACAGACGACAUUACCAAGCCGUCAAUGUUUGUCACCUUUAACGACACACAGGCAUUUCCAGAAUAUCUCAUUACAUGCCAGAGAAUCCAUCGCUGAGUGAACGGAUCAUUGGUCAAUUGUUGACAGUGAGAUUUGAAGGAAAGGACUGCUUUUGUCUGAUGAUUCUGCCAUGAUUUUUAAAAAAGUGCAUUUGACUUUUAAAAGGGCUAAUGUGUUAUUGUCUAAAUUUGGUAUUUUUAUUUCACUGUAUUGUUUCUGAUCAACAUUGUGUCAUCAGUUGCUCUACUUUCAGUUUGUCAAUUUAGUCAAGUAUGAUCAAGAAAAACAAAAAACAUUGUACACUGAAAUUGUAUUGAUGUCAAUAUAUAUACAACUAGUAGUUGACAGUGCUAGAUUAAUUGUUGCCUAACACCAAUUACCUGUAUGAAAUUACCGUAAUGUUAACAUUUUGCAGUCAAUCAUUUUCCUAGUAUUUUGCUUUUGGGUUCAGUUGUUUAAGGUUUUUUUUUCCUUGCCCUGAAUGUAGUUAGAGUAAACUACUGGUUAUGUUGGAAAAGCAGCAGUCCCAGAUCCACUGUUCAACAGCAAAGAAAGA